AGUGUUUGUGCCAACCGAGAGCCGGAGGCGCAACAGAAAAUGGUGAAAGAUAAGAAAAUCAAGGAUAUCCCCGAGCGAGUGACACUCAAGAAAGAAAUAGGACUUCUCAGUGCUUGCACCAUCAUCAUAGGAAACAUCAUUGGCUCGGGAAUCUUCAUCUCGCCAAAGGGUGUUCUGGAGCACUCGGGGUCAGUGGGCCUGGCCCUGCUGGUGUGGCUCUCCGGAGGGGGCAUCGCCGCCCUUGGCUCUCUGUGCUAUGCCGAGUUGGGGGUGACCAUCCCCAAGUCUGGGGGGGACUACUCCUACGUCACAGAGAUCUUUGGAGGUCUAAUUGGCUUUCUGCUGCUGUGGAGUGCCGUGCUCAUCAUGUACCCCACCACACUGGCAGUCAUCGCCCUCACCUUCUCCAACUAUGUGCUGCAGCCCGUCUUCCCUGAGUGUGUCCCUCCGUACGUUGCCGUACGGAUGCUCUCCACCACCUGCAUAUUGUUCCUCACUUGGGUGAACUGCUACAGCGUGCGUAUGGCCACCCGUAUUCAGGACAUCUUCACAGUGGGUAAACUGAUGGCUCUGGGCCUCAUCAUUGUGGUGGGGCUGGUGCAGAUCUGUAAAGGCAACUACGAGGGCUUAACUCCACAUGUGGCCUUUGAGUUUUUCAAGAGUCCGACAGUGGGGGAGAUCGCCCUGGCUUUCCUCCAGGCCUCCUUUGCCUUCAGUGGGUGGAACUUCCUUAACUAUGUGACCGAGGAAGUGGUGGAACCACGCAGGAACCUUCCUCGCGCCAUUUACAUCUCCAUUCCACUGGUGACCUUUGUUUACACGCUCACCAACAUCGCCUACUUCUCCUCCAUGUCUCCCGAGGAGCUGCUGGCAUCCAAUGCUGUGGCUGUCACCUUCGGGGAGAAGCUUCUGGGCAUGUUUUCCACGAUCAUGCCCAUCUCUGUGGCUUUGUCCACAUUCGGGGGCAUCAACGGCUACCUCUUCACCUCAUCCAGGCUGUGUUUCUCAGGGGCAAGAGAGGGACACCUGCCCAGUCUACUGGCCAUGAUCCACUUCAGGAGCUGUACACCUAUCCCAGCCCUCCUAGUGUCUUGCACAGCCUCAAUUGUCAUCUUGUGCAUCGGGGAGACUCAUAACCUGAUCAACUAUGUGUCUUUUAUUAACUACCUCUCUUAUGGGGUCACCAUUGCUGGUCUUCUGUACUACAGAUGGAAAAAGCCUAACCUCUUUAGGCCCAUCAAGGUAAACCUGAUUGUUCCAAUCACUUACUUGCUGUUCUGGGCCCUCCUGCUGGGGUUCAGCCUUCACUCAGAGCCCGUAGUGUGUGGUGUGGGCCUGGUCAUCAUGCUCACUGGAGUGCCUGUCUACUUCCUGGGAGUCCAUUGGAAAGAAAAGCCCAAGUGUAUCUAUGACUUCAUUGAAUGGGCUACCUACCUGGGACAGCGGUUGUUUUUUGUGGUCUUCCCGCAACUUGACCCUAUUGUUAUUGCAACAACUCCCACUGACUGGACAGACAAAUCCUCUGCUACAAGCAAUGCCUCUGGGACUUUUUGAGGUGUUUCAUUUUGGACACUUUGUUUAUGUUUUUUUUAAUAUAUAUAUAAAUAUGUAUCUAUUUCAAACUUAAAACCAUAGACACUUGUACCCCAGUUUAUAUAAUGAAUCUCUUCUGAAUUGCACAAGCACACAUUACAGUAAGUUUGGACCUAGAGGCAAAUAUAGCACCUCUCACUAUUUUUGUAUCAUGAUUCCAGCUAAGCCACUACAUUGAUAAUGUGUUUGGUAUUUGUUCCCAAGAAAAAAAAAGGAUAAAUACAUGCACACUUAAUUUUAUGCCACCAAAAUUGUAUGUGCAAGAAUUUAGCC